AUGUGUGUCUUCGUGCGAGUGCCUGGCAGGCCGGCGGCACUACGGAGUGUGGUUUGGAAGCGCAGCGCUCUUCUGUGCCAGUGGUCACCGGUCGCCUGGUGGUCGCGUCCUCGCCUCGCGCUUGGUUGCCGUGGAACGCGUCGAAGUGCCGCGGAGAGCACACCAGCGACGCUCGGACGAGUUAUUUGCACAGCGCUUUCGUCCAGUCUACGAGUACGGGUCAACAAGGCGCUUCGAGAGCGCUUCUCUCGACGACAAGCGGAUGAGCUGGUGCGUUCUGGCCGGGUCACGAUUAACGGAAACCCGGCAACGCUCGGAGCGCGCGUCUCCGUGGACGACGUGAUCGCUGUCGACGGAGAGCUGGUUUCCCUGUCGCAGAGCGCGUUCAUUGCAGAAACUGACUUGGCUGCUAUUGAUUCGUGCUUUGUAUAUUUCAAGUACUGGAAACCGGUUGGUGUCGAGUGUACUACCGCCCCAGCCGUACCCGGCAACGUGCUAGAGGCGUCGGGGCUCGGUGCCUGGGCGGACCAGCACCAUCUUCGUUUGUUCAACGUCGGACGUCUAGAUAAAGACUCAACGGGCGUGUUGCUACUGACGAAUGAUGGACGCGUCGGGAACGCGCUUCUAGGAAGGAACAGUGGUUUUGUGAAAAGCUAUCUGGUCACGCUGGACAAACCGAUAGCUGACGAGGAUAUCGAGGCCAUUCAGCAAGGCUUUGUGGUCGAAACCGAAUACCGGCACGACAAGAAAGUGAAAACGAUUCGCUUGCCAACCUUACCGUGUGCAGUGCGACGGCGCCCGCAACUCAACGAGAUCGAAAUCGAUAUUCAUGAGGGCCGUAACCGUCAGAUUCGGCGAAUGCUCAUUUCACUUGGGUACCAAGUACGACGGCUGCAUCGAUUUGCCUUUUGCGGUAUUGAACUGGGGCCAGAGCUAGAUAAAGAGGGUUCCUGGGCGCCACUGAACGAACGUGAACUUGGAAUCAUUGCGGAGGCGCUGCGUAUGCAUGCGGAGCACAAAAGCAUGCCCAGUCACAAGCGGCCUACCCAGUUUCGCAUUCUCGAUACAAGAUCAUGA